GCCUUUAAAUGUUCCCCCGCCGAUUCUCCAUCCCUCCCCGCCUCACCUUUCCCGCCUCCCAUUCCUAAAAUAUCUCCCUCCGCAUCCUCAGAAAUCAAAUUCCCAAAUUCACCCCCACCUCCCAUUCCCAGUCCCCACGCACCCGGCGAAAACCGCAACCCUUCCAUGGGCAGCGCAGCCGCCUCGCCGCCGCCAUCCCAGAAGCUCACGCAGGAGGACCUCAAGCGCGUGGCGGCGCACCGCGCGGUGGACCUGGUGGAGCCCGGCAUGACGCUCGGCCUCGGCACGGGCUCCACGGCCGCGCACGCGCUCGACCGCCUCGGCGACCUCCUCCGCUCGGGCGCCCUCGCGGGCGUCGCCGGCGUGCCCACCUCCCUCAAGACGGAGCUCCACGCGGCCCGCGUGGGGAUCCCGCUGCUGCCCCUCGACGCCGGGACGGGCGCCAAGAUCUGCCUCUCCAUCGACGGCGCCGACGAGGUUGACCCGGACCUCAACCUCGUCAAGGGCCGCGGGGGGUCGCUCCUCCGCGAGAAGAUGAUCGAGGGCGCCGGGGACAAGUUCGUCGUCAUCGUCGACGAGUCCAAGCUCGUGCCCAGGCUCGGGUGCACGGGCUCCGUCCCCGUUGAGGUCGUCCCCUUCGGCGCCGCCCACACGCUGGGACUCAUACGCAAGGUGUUCGACGGAUUGCCAGGCUUCCACGCGAGGCUUAGGACGGUCAAGAAGGAAGCCGAGGAGGUGCCGUUCGUGACGGACAACGGCAACUACAUCGUGGAGAUGUUCUUCGAGAACGGCAUCCGCGGCGACCUGCGCGACAUCAGCGACUGCCUCCUCCGGAUCACCGGCGUCGUCGAGCACGGCAUGUUCCUCGGCAUGGCCACCACCGUCAUCGUCGCCAACAAGGACGGCACCGUCGCAGUCAUCGAGAAGAACAAGUAAGCGACCGGCGGCGGCGGAGACGAUGCCACCACCGACGGUAAUAAGCAUGCAAGAUAACAUUUCAGCGAAGAAAAAGAAAAGCAGAGGAAACCAGCUCAGCUCGGCUCGGCGAUCAAGUUGUUCGCUUGCAGUAUGUUAUUACUACUACCAUGCUCCCUUCUUGCUCUUGGGUAAUGACGAGAUAGUGCCGGAUGUAACGCGAUGAAGCGAAUAAGUUUUGGAAUUGUUCUAUGGCAUUAUCCACUAUCCAGAGUCAAUUUUG